AUGGCAGCUCACAGAAACUCUAGUUUCCUCCUCAACCUCUCCCACCACCCACGAUGGACACAAGAUCCCUCAAUGAGGGAGAGGAGACAAAGAAGGACAGAGGAUACAGAUACAAUGAACAGUACGACCCCCACAUCUUCAUCUGCAGUGCUACGCUCCAGAAGCUGGUGGGGCAACUGGCUUAUGUUGCCCCUGCUGAUGGUCACCUAUCUACCCUGUGAGGCCUGGGGCGCCACUUUCACUGUGGCCAUAGUUGGGCCCUGGACAUGUGACCCUAUGUACUCCAAAGCCCUCCCUGACCUGGCCGCCCGCCUGGCCACCGCCCGCCUCAACAAGGACCCCUACACUAAGAAAGGCUACUGGUAUGACUACACUCUGGUCAACGAGGACUGUAAAACAUCCCGUGCUCUGGCCCGCUUCACCUCUCUGGAAGGCUAUGGCUCGGCUUUCCUCGGCCCUACUAACCCAGGCUACUGCUCAUCGGCUGCCCUGUUUGCGAAAAACUGGAAUAAGCCCCUUCUUUCCUGGGGCUGCCUGAAACCCAACAUGGAGGAUGGACAGUAUCCCACCUUUCAUCGGCCCUUGCCUCUGUCCUCCCGGGUUCUGUUUUCUAUGCUGCGGUACUUUCGCUGGGCCCAUGUGACCAUCGUGACAUCAGAGGAUGACCUGUGGGAAGCUACGGGACACGAGCUGGCGGCCUCUCUGAGGGCCCUGGGCCUGCCGGUCAGCACUGUGGUCACCAUGGAGCCUGAUAAGGAUGGUCCCACAAAAGCCUUGAAAAGGAUACAGGAGUUAGACCGUGUCAGAGGUGUGUAUGCGCGUUUGUGUGUGUGUGUGUGUGUGUGAUAAAAGGUGAGAGGAAAGAUACACAACAUCACUGACUCACUGUCAUCUAUUCCAUUGUAUGACACUGCCACACUGUAAUGACUAAUAAUUGUCUCUACUAUUCCCUUCUUCUGUCCUCUAUCUCUGUCUUCACUAACCUUUUACUCUCCUCCUGUUCUCCUCCUUCUUUCCUUCUCCCCCUUCUCUGUCUCUGCAGUGGUCAUCAUGUGCAUGCACUCAGCUUUGAUCGGUGGUGUGGCCCAGUAUCAGCUCUUAACCUCUGCCUUGAACAUACGUAUGAUAGAUCGUGGCUACGUUUUCAUCCCCUACGACACCCUCACAUACUCACUGCCCAAGGGCACAAACCUUCAUGCCCUGACCAAUGACAGCUUGUUGAGAAAGGCCUACGAUGCAGUUCUCACAAUCACCAUGGAUUCUGGCGAGAAUACUUUCUAUCAGAGCUUCAAAAAUGCUCAGGAGAAAUUUGAGAUCCGCACCAGCACUCCACCAGAUCAGGUGAGACAUCCCAGAACACAGCUCCUGGGAUAUUCAUCUAGUCAUCAUUAGUCACACAUGCCAUGGACAUGCAGUACUGUAGCAAGCACCUUUGGAUGAGCAACAGUACUCUUGAGUUUUAGUUCUUCACAAACAGGUAACCUAUAGGUCUUUGGACCUCUCUAGCCUUAAAACCAAAUACAUAUGAAUGUUGUUGGAAUGUUUUAUUAUUAAUGAUAAUGACCAGUGGUUUGUCAGUGCCGUACCACUGUCUUGGUAAUGGUAUGUUCCUCUAUUUCUGUACUCCCUGCCUAACAUCAUCAAAACCCUUACUGCCAGUCUAAAGAGUCUACAGACAGAGUCUUCAAUAACAGUCGGUCAGAUAAAUGAUUUAUACAUUGUCACCACUCUUCUCCCCUGACAUAGGUGUCUCCAUUUUUCGGCACCAUCUACAACAUGAUAUACUACAUGGCCUAUGCAGUGGAGAAGAGUCGCAUGGCAGCGGGGCGCUGGGUGGAUGGGGAAACCAUGCUCGAGAGCGAUGGAGGGGUCAAAUUUGAGGGCUUCAACCAGCACAUCUCAUCCGACAAAGAUGGGUUGGGGAUGCUGGCUCGCUACGUGGUCCUGGACUCUGACGGGGGAGAUAAACUCUACAUGACACACACUCUGGAGGCCCCCCACACCCUUGGCAAAUUUGGGGCGGUCAAGUACAAUGGGCGCUCCAUCCACUUUGCAGGCAGUAGCCCCAGCACAGACUCCCGUUGCUGGUUCAGUCCAUACAUCACCUGUGGUGGGGGUAGGUGGUCUAGCGUUGGGGUCAGUGAUGUACCAGUAGCCUAUGGUAAAAUGAGGUCUGUGUUCCCUCUAACUCUUUCUCUUCAUCACUCUCUUUCUAUCCCCUUCUCUGCCUUUAGGAAUGGACGCAGGUACUAUCCUCUUUCUGUUUGUCCUGUUCUGUGGGUUGGUUGGAGGUGGAGUUGCCUUCUAUAUGAAGUAAGUUAAGCUCAAACACAGGGAGGAGUGUGCCAAUCAGCUGCCUAUUUUGUCUUCUGCAUUGAACACACUUUCGUUUGUAAAUGAGGUUACUGAUGUUUUGGGGUCUUCCCCUUUGUGUCUGAUCAGGAGAGGUGGCCGGAUUGGAAUCAGCUUUGGAGGAUCAGGGGGAGGAGGAGGGUCCUUAAAAGUAGUCUUGAAUCUGGAUGACCUGAUUUUCAUCAAUACCCAGAACAGCAUAAGGGUCAGCUUGAUGCCUAUCAUACCAUAAAGGCCUAUAGCCUAAAUACUGUAUUUGUGUGUGUGUGUGAGUUUGUGUCUGUUUUAAAGUCCCUUAUCUUUGAUGGACUUUCUAUUCUGAAGCCCUUGUAACCUCUCUCUCUCUCUCUCUCUCUCUCUCUCUCUCUCUCUCUCUCUCUCUCUCUCUCUCUCUCUCUCUCUCUCUCUCUCUCUGUCUCUCUCUGUGUCUCUCUCUGUGUCUCUCUCUGUCUCUCUGUAGAAGCUGAAUGAGGAUAGUAUGAUGAAGAGUCAGCUGGACGUGAAAACGCCUCGCCACUCCGUGUCGGGACGCAGCUACUUUUGCUCCACCCCUGACAGCUCCAACGUCGCCGUCUUCGAGGUGGGUCACAUGUUAAUGUGGUGAAUCUAAUGUAAAACUACUGUCAAACAGAGACAGCAAUCCAAUAUUCCAAUGUUUGAUGUGCUGCAUGCAAGAAAUAACACCCAAUGUUGCUACUCUUGCCUGUCUUGGUGACAAACAGUUAUAAACAAAUACAUCUCUGUUUAGUGUCCCUGUCCCUUGCAUUUUGGGUUUUCCAGAUAAACAUUUGCUAAUACCUUUAUCUUCUGUGUUCACUAGGGUGACUGGGUUUGGUUGAAGAGAUGUCCCAAUGGAAACACUGUGUCAAGUGUCAGUGAUAGCACUACAAAUAUUUUCACCAAGGUGAGUGACUGACUGAGUGAGUCAGUGAAAACAGCAAGACAUUGAAGCGCUGUCUGAACGCUGCGCUGUUCCUCUGUCAUAACCUACUUCUCCUCUCUAUCUUCUCCCCCUCUCUCAGCUCAGGGACAUGCGGCAUGAGAACCUCAACCUGUUGCUUGGCCUGUUCCUCGACUCAGGGAUCUUUGGUAUUGUGACAGAGCACUGUAGCAGGGGCAGCUUGGAGGACCUUCUCAACAAUGAGGAAAUGCGUCUCGACUGGAUGUUCAAGUCCUCCCUGUUGAUGGAUCUGAUCAGGGUGAGGGGGGAAACAACUCUCACAUUCAUAGACAUUUCUGACUAUAUCUCUCUCCUCAUUGUUUACACUCUGUCCUCAAUCUUUUCUUUCCCUCCCAGGGAAUGAAGUACCUGCACAACCGGCAUGUCAUCCACGGGCGCCUGAAGUCCCGAAACUGUGUGGUGGACGGACGCUUUGUGCUGAAGGUGACUGAGUACGGCUUCAACGAGAUCUUAUCCACCCAGAGCAUCAACUUUGACGAAGGCAGGCCUGAGGGUAAGUCCAUGGGGACACAUACAGGACAACGUAUCAGAGACAGCUAAUCAUUCUCAUCAUUUACCAAGUAAUUACAAGAAAAUAAAGACACUUGUUCGUUUUCCCCCCUGGUCAGGUUGUGUGUGAAAAACACUUAAUCCAACCCGCCACUCUUGUCCCCUAACUCCCUGGUCCACCUAACAGAUCAACUGUGGACGGCUCCAGAGCUGCUAAGGAACUCCAAGCUGAUGAAGAGAGGAACAUUCCAUGGGGACGUCUACAGCUUCGCCAUCGUUAUGCAGGAGGUCAUCGCCCGCUCUGCUCCCUUCUGCAUGCUGGACAUGCCUCCCAAGGGUGAGACCUCAUAUCAAACAGUACCACCAUACAUGGGGCUAGUUGUGUCAGAUGUAAAACAAAUACAGCAGGACGGCCACCAUGCCAAUAUGAACAGUACAAUUAUUGGACAGUAUAGGUGUGUGUGUGUGUUUGACAGAGAUCCUCAGUAAGUUGAAAUCCCCCCCACCACUGUGUCGGCCCACUGUGUCAGCGGAUGAGGCUCCACUAGAGGUGAUCCAGGUCAUGAAACAGGCCUGGAGUGAGAAGCCAGACAUGAGACCCACCUUCGAGGAGAUCUUCAAACAGGUUGCCUACUUUACUAUACACAAACAUACACAAAGCUACAUAUAUACAUACACACACAUACAGUACAUUGUUAUGGAAUAGGUCAGGUAGUUUAGACAGCACACUCCAGCUCACUACCACUUCCACACUCCAUUCCCCCAGGGGGCAGCAGCAACCUUGUCCAAGUGCUGAGCCUGGUUUAAAAGCACAUCAGGUGCCGCCACUUAAGGUGAUCAUCAGUCAGAGUGCCAGCUUGGAGUCGUGAGGCUGCUGGUUGGUUUGGUGGCCAUGUGGCCUUUAGUUUGGUUUUGAUUCUUUACUUUGGGCACGUCAUUUGUAGUUUUCCUUUUUGUAUAUAUUUAUUUUUGUCAUCAUCUGAACCAAUCAAUAAUCCGUUUGUGUCACGAUCGUUGAAGGGAGUGGACCAAUGCGCAGCGUGAUUUGCGAACAUACUUUUAUUAUUAGAGUACCACACGAACAAAACAACAAAAUGAUACGUGACGUCCUUGGUAACAGACACUAACCAUACACGGAACAAGAUCCGACAAAACACUGUGGAAAACAGGCUGCCUAAGUAUGGUUCCCAAUCAGAGACAACAAGCAACAGCUGAUACUCGUUGCCUCUGAUUGAGAACCACCCCGGCCAACACAGAAACACAAGAGCUAGAUAAUAAACCUAGAACACAAAACACAUAGAAACAACACACCCUGGCUCAACAUAACAGAGUCCCAGAGCCAGGGCGUGACAGUUUGGACUGGCCGACCAAGAGGUCAAGAGAGACAGAGCUGGCCCUGGACCAAGGUAAGGUUGCUGUCUCCCUGGGCACAUGUACAUUCAACAGCUAGGUGCAUACACUGAUUUUUCACCUAGAUGCACAUCUUAAAUUUAGGUUACAGACCAGUUAACUAGGCCUAAGACCCCUACUCUUAGCGAGAGCAACAAUAUUAGCAUGCUAGUUAAUCGGUUUCGUAACAACAUGUUGUAAAAGAAUGGUGUAAUAUGCUAUUGUAAAGGACACCAUGCUGCUUGCUUAGCGAGUACCAUUUCCUCCCGACUCGGCCCAUACCUGGCGCAAACUCGGGACCUCUGCCUUACUAGCACACGUGACCGUCCUCCCUUAAGUGUAUUAGCAGAUCGCGCCACCUCAAAAUCUAGUUAAUGAGGUGACCCAAGCAGGACACGUAAGGCUGAGGAGUAAGUUUCACACAUCCCCAUGUGCUACACUAUGAUAAUGUCUAAUUCAUUAGGUUAUUAAUUUACAAUAUUACAUGUGAAAGUCGGAGCACCACCAACACUUUUGUAGUCGGUAGGAAACUAUAAAUAGUUACAAUUAUACAUGGCAGGUCCUUGCCUGCCGCCCUAGGCAAGACCUUAAAAAUACAUAUUUUCCAGGACAUUCAAAAGGCAUCUUUUCCGGAUGUUGAAAAAUACAUAUUUUCCGGACAUUGAAAUCAGGUUCAGUUUCGCUUCUGAAUUAAAGUUGAAAAUAUGUAAUUUAUAGACAUCUAUAUUGGGCCAAAUCAAGGCUGAUCCAGACCGGACAAAAUCUGAACCAAACAUAGACAUCUAUGAUUGGUUCAGAUUUUGUCCAGACCGAACCAAAAACCAAUGUCCAUGGAUGUGGAAAUCAAGGCUGCUCUGGACUGCACCAAAAAAGGAUGGAGGGAUACAAACUUGAAACCACUGAUUAUGACAAUGGGAUGAAACUCCUGGACAACAGUUGUGAUUGUCUCUUCCAUAUUGUCAAUUUUACUUUGACCUGUCCUGUUUUUCUGAUAUGUUGUUUAACAUGACAGCACAUUUUCUUUAUUGAUUGGGCGCCAUUUCGGUUAGGCUAUUUGAUCGGAAAAGCCUGUACGAUGUAAAAAGUGUCCGUCUCAUUACAUUGUCAUCUCAUUACAUUGUCAUACAUUUUAUCUCCAGCCUGUAGGCUACAGAAAAGGCAACAUACUCUUUCUACCAUACCCUAUAUCUGCUACAUGAUUUAUGUUAGAUGUUUUUUUUGAUGGAACGUUGGUGGAGCGCUGCAGCGAUGCGUCUCUCCAACAGACCCCUGGAGAGGCGCGCUGGGAAUGGACAAGACAAAUAUUUUGCGCCCCUACCUUUGACAAAGUGGGUACUGUUUAUCACAAGGCGGCAUCAGCACUCACCUAAAAACCCAUAUGUCACUGGUUGAGAGAAAUUGUCAUUGCUUUUUUGCAGAAUUAUGUGAGGUUUUAUGUGUUGUUGUUGGAGGUGCGUCUUGCCCCGUUUAGCUCAGAAAAUGCCGCCCUCGUCAAUCUGCCGCCAUAGGCGGCCUCCUAAUCCUGCCUAAUGAGAGGGCCGACCUUGCAAUUAUAACUACCUACAAUCAUUAUAAUUCUGAAAGAAAUUGAGUUAUUGAAUGACAAGACAAAUUCAUAUCUCAGAGGCAGCGAAUACUUUAUAAACGAAUAAGAUUUAUUUUAAGCGCAUCAAGAUAAAGCAAUUCAUUUUACAGGAUGAAUGAUUAAUGAAGGAUUUGGGGCAAAAUGAUACGAUAUGGUUACAGAUUCAAACUCAACAGGGAAUAGGGGAAUUAGAUGGCCCAAAAGGGUCAGGCAAGCAGUUAUUCUAAUAACUCUAAAACGAAACAACGCAGGAAUGUCUAGGAGAAAGAUAGCCUAAAUAAUAUAGAGGGACACACAGAUUUACACGCUCAAGCCAAGCAGGGAUUUUAGGGAUGAGGAGACAACAUUGAAUUAGUUUAAGUAAACUCUGUAGUGGCUCCUGGUCGAGGUCCGAAUGAGUCCUUUCAUGCACAAAGGAAAAUUAUAAACUGGGUGGUUCCAGCCCUGAAUGCUGAUUGGCUGACAGCGUGGUAUAUCAGACCGUAAACCAAGGGUAUGACAAAACAUGUAUUUUUACUGUUCUAAUUAAUUAUGUAACCAGUUCAUGAUAGCAAUUAGGCACCUUGGGGGGUUUGUGAUAUAUGGCCAAUAUACCAGGGUUAAGGGCUGUAUCCAGAACAGCCAUUAGCCGUGGUGUAUUGGCCAUCUACCACACCCCCUCGUGCAAUAUUGUUUAAAUAUCCCUGUUCAAUAGUCCAAGAUUGAUAUCAGCUCAGUCCACUGAGACUGAGGUGAGAUCAAUGGACAAAAGGUGCAUUCCAGUUACCUAUUUUCACUACAUCUAGUGAAACAGAAGUUGGGCAGCAAUAGAGCUCGCCAGCUUGUAGUCCUAAAAACCGGAAAUGAGUUACCUCUGGUUCAUUCAGCCAUUCCUAUGGGGGAAAUUAAUGUGGAAAGAAUGGGGUUUUGGGAAAAACGCUGAAAAUAAGGUCUGAGGUUAACAUGCUUAGGAGAUCUUAUAUGUUUUGUUCUAUGAGAUAAUAUCAGUCAGUUAACAUGACCGUUAUAUGAAUUCUGAAGCCUUUAUGUGCUUAUUUUGAUUACAUAAAUGCUUCAAAAUACACAAAAUGAUCUCAUAGAACAAAAUGUAUAAGCUCUUCUAAGCUUGUGUUUACCACAGACCCUAUUUUUGGUGUUUAUCCCCCCCAAGACUACAAAACCGCCAUACAUUUCCCCAUAGGCUUUGGCCAAUGAGCCAUGGUGGAGUUGGUGCCUACAAAUAUACACUAUUACUAGUGCUCAUUAUGCGCGGUUUCGUGCAAUGCUUAUGUAGUCCAGUCUGAAUGGAGAGCAAGGGUGGAGUCAGGCAUGCAUAAAAAAAAAAAAAUGUUGAGUUUGUCCCACCAAGAUUUACAUGCUGAAAUCUUGAGUUAAAAUUAAUUUCCUGCAAUUCUACAUAGUAAAGGUUUAGGCUCACUACUUGGUCAAUUGAUUUGAUAGCAUGCUUAAACUAUGUAAAUAAAUUAUAUGAAUUGAUAGUUCACCUCUCUGUUUUCUUUUAGUCUUUAAUAGGGUAGAUUGUAACCAUGUGUUUAAGCUAAUCAAAUCAAAGUGUAUUUAUGAUACAGCGUGUAAAAGCUACACAAUACCAUGAAAUGCCUACUCACAAUAAAGCUCUCCUCACAAACAGUGCAAUGAUAUUAAACUAUAUGUAUUUGUAUUUAUAUUAGGCUAUAGCCUACAAAUAGCUACACAAGAUAGGUUAUAGGCCUACUGCUAAUUAUUGUUUGUUCCUGAGCUGGCCAAAUGCGCAGAGCUAUCCUUCAGCACCACAAGUUGGUUCAACUUGUUCAAAUCAAAUCCAAUUUUAUUUGUCACAUGCGCCGAAUACAACAGGUGUAGACCUUACCGUGAAAUGCUUACUUACAAGCCCUUAACCAACAAUGCAGUUCAAGAAAUAGAGUUAAGAAAAUAUUUACUAAAUAAACUAAAGUAAAACAUUUAAUAAAAAGUAACACAAGAAAAUAACAAUAACGAGGCUAUAUACAGGGUACCGGUACCGAGUCAAUGUGCGGGGGUACAGGUUAGUCAAGGUAAUUUGUACAUGUAGGUAGGGGUAAAGUGACUAUGCAUUGAUAAUAAACAGCGAGUAGCAGCAGUGUAAAAACAAAGGGGGGGGGUCAAUGUAAAUAGUCUGGGUGGCAACUUGAUUAAUUGUUCAGCAGUCUUAUGGCUUGGGGGUAGAAGCUAUUAAGGAGCCUUUUGGACCUAGACUUGGCGCUCCGGUACCACUUGCCAUGUGGUAGCGAGAGAACAGUCUAUGAGUUGGGUGACUGGAGUCUUUGACAAUUUCUUUGGGCCUUCCUCUGACACCGCCUAGUAUAUAAGUCCUGGAUGGCAGCAAGCUUGGCCCCAGUGAUGUACUGGGCCGUAUGCACUACCCUCUGUAGCGCCUUACGGUCGGAUGCAGAGCAGUUGCCAUACCAGGCGGUGAUGCAACCGGUCAGGAUGCUCUCGAUGGUGCAGCUGUAUAACUUUUUGAGGAUCUGGGGACCCAUGCCAAAUCUUUUCAGUCUCCUGAGGGGGAAAAGGCGUUGUCGUGCCCUCUUCACGACUGUCUUGGUGUGUUUGGACCAUGAUAGUUUGUUGGUGAUGUGGACACCAAGGAACUUGAAACUCUCGAUCUGCUCCACUACAGCCCCGUUGAUGUGAAUGGGGGUGUGUUCGGCCCUCCUUUUCCUGUAGUCCACGAUCAGCUCCUUUGUCUUACUCACAUUGAGGGAGAGGUUGUUGUCCAGGCACCACACUGCCAGGUCUCUGACCUCCUCCCUAUAGGCUUUCUCAUCGUUGUCGGUGAUCAGGCCUACCACUGUUGUGUCGUCAGCAAACUUAAUGAUGGUGUUGGAGUCGUGCUUGGCCACGCAGUCGUGGGUGAACAGGGAUUACAGGAGGGGACAAUGCACGCACCCCUGAGGGGCCCCUGUGUUGAGGAUCAGCGUGUCGUUGCCUACCCUUACCACCUGGGGGCGGCCCGUCAGGAAGUCCAGGAUCCAGUUGCAGAGGGAGGUUUAGUCCCAGGGUACUUAGCUUAGUGAUGAGCUUUGUGGGCACUAUGGUGUUGAACGCUGAGCUGUAGUCAAUGAACAGCAUUCUCACAUAGGUGUUCCUUUUGUCCAGGUGGGAAAGGGCAGUGUGGAGUGCUAUUGAGAUUGCGUCAUCUGUGGCUCUGUUGGGGCAGUAUGCGAAUUGAAGUGGGUCUAGGGUUUCCGGGAUGAUGGUGUUCAUGUGAGCCAUGACCAGCCUUUCAAAGCACUUCAUGGCUACUGACGUGAGUGCUACGGGGCGGUAGUCAUUUAGGCAGGUUACCUUCGCUUUCUUGGGCACAGAGACUAUGGUGGUCUGCUUGAAACAUGUAGGUAUUACAGACUUGGUCAGGGAGAAGUUGAAAAUGUCAGUGAAGACACUUGCCAGUUGGUCCGCACAUGCUCUGAGUACACGUCCUGGUAAUCUGUCUGGCCCCGCAGCCUUGUGAAUGUUGACCUGUUUUAAAGGUCUUGCUCACAUCGGCUAUAGAGAGCGUGAUCAAACAGUCGUCCGGAACAGCUGGUGCUUUCAUGCAUGCUUCAGUGCUGCUUGCCUCGAAGCGAGCAUAAAAGGCAUUUAGCCCGUCUGGUAGGCUCGCGUCACAGGGCAGCUCACAGCUGGGUUCCCCUUUGUAGUCCAUAAUAGUUUGCAAGCCCUGCCACAUCCGAGGAGCGUCAGAGCCUGUGUAGUAGGAUUCAACCUUAGUCCUGUAUUGACGCUUUGCCUGUUUGAUGGUUCGUCUGAGGGCAUAGCGGGAUUUCUUAUAAGCGUCCAGAUUAGUGUCCCUCUCCUUGAAAGCGGCAGCUCUUGUUUAACAUCCUGGUACUGUCUUUUAAGCACCAUGAAGGGUGCUCCAAUUGCUUAAAAUGACGUCUGCUCAAGAUCUGUUGCCUACACCUAAUAGUCAUACUCAUCACUUAUUAUCAUUUAUUAUUAUUAUUAUUAUUAUUAUUAUUAUUAUUAUUAUUAUUACAAAUAUAAGAUUAUCACUUCCCACAAACGUGCUUGUUUAGUAAAGUUAUAUCAUAGCUAAAUCAAUGUCUGGCAAGAUCACAUAAUGAUUCAUUUGCAUUUUACAUAACAGAACCGAAUAUAAUACCAUCGCAUAGUAGGUCUAUAACGUUACUGUUACACCAAAAACAUCUCAUUUCUAAUGAGAUUUUAGGAUGGUUAGCUGAAACUGAAUAGUUCCAAAAAAUGUCUCAUGCGCCAAAACUCAACAGAGCAUACCACUAGGCAGGAUAUAUGCUUUGAUUGAAACAAAACACAAGAAAGGCUAAUAGUUUGUUAACACCAUCUGCUCUAAUUUGCUCACGAAACAGUAAUUCAAGAAGAUCUAAAUUCAUAUUUCCAUGUAGCUGAUGGAGAUUAAUCAAAUGAUUGGCAUGGAGAUGCAGUUUGAACUUUUAGGUAGCCUGUGUUUGAGGGUAUUAGAAAUAUAACAUUUUCUUGAGACAAUAUGUGGGCAUAGGCAGACUUUGCAAUUGGAGGAUUCAUAUUAUGCAUAUUCUAUAUUGAUAGGUUAUUCAAUUGGCUACAUCUGUCAGUACAAACUUUGAUUGAGGAAAUUAUGACGUAAUUUAAUUAUAAUUGUUUUGCUCCAUCACCUAAAAAAAUAGCACUAUACCACUGUAUAUUAUAUUUCCUCACUAUAAGGUUGGAAUAAUACUGUGAAAUUCUGAAAAUUACGAUAAUACCCUUUUAGUGUAAGAGCUGUUUCAAAAGACCACCUGUAAUUUCAGUCUGUUUUGUUGGGUUGGAGUUUUGGCCUGCCAGGUAACAUCACCAGGUUGUAAAUUAGUUAAUAUACCAAUAACAAACAGUUCCAACCCUCUCUGCCAGUUUUCCUCGUCCCACUCAGACCACUCCCAGACAGUACUAGCAAAUUUCUUGCUUGAGAAAUUGCUCUUUGCUAAGAAGCAAUUUUUGUUUCCUUUUGACAAUUUUAAUUGAAAACAACCACAGUAAGGUACUUAAUUGUUACCUUUAAUCCUGAAUAUGGUGGGGAAGGAGGAGAGAGUGAUUAGAUCCUGUCCUGUCUUUCAUCUCUGCUGUUGGUGGGCAGUUGCAGACAGGUAGAUGUCUACUUGGUGAGCUCUGCUGGUUCCAGGCACCUCAGAUUGGCCUGGUAUUCAGUCAGCCAGAUGCUUCAGUAUAGAUGGGUUGAAUUUGCCCUACAAUUUUUUUCACAGACAUGCAAAGGGCACACACCUGAACACAAUGAACUCAGUCUCAAGCUAACAAGAACUCAAAGCGACAUGCUUUUCGUGAACUAUAUUACAGUAAUAUGUAACACACUUCACCUCCUCACUGCAUGUUCUAUGUUUUCCUUUCAUACUUUAGUUCAAGAGUAUAACCAAGGGGAAGAAGACCAACAUCAUAGACUCAAUGCUGCGUAUGUUGGAGCAGUACUCCACCAACCUUGAGGACCUGAUCAGGGAGAGGACAGAGGAGCUGGAGGUGGAGAGGAAGAAGACUGACCAGCUGCUGGCCCAGAUGUUGCCCAGGUCAGCCCCCCUCUCCUCCCACCUCCCACAAAGCUUCACAUGUCUAUUUGCAACAUCAAAAAUAAAAAAUGUCUCUGUAUUGAGAAUAUUGAAUUGUAUUACUGUGCAAGUGUUUUAGUUAAUUGGCCGCUUGUUAUUUAUUCUCCUAACCUCUAUCCGCAUCCAUCUAUCCACUCCCUUGUCUUGUCUUACACUAUAGGUCUGUGUGCCUGGCCCUUAAGACAGGCAAGCCUGUGAAACCAGAGCACUUCUCUGAGGUCACUCUGUACUUCAGUGACAUUGUGGGCUUCACCACCAUCUCUGCACUCAGCGAGCCCAUUGAGGUGGUAGACUUACUCAAUGAUCUCUACACACUCUUUGAUGCCAUCAUCGGGCAGCAUGAUGUCUACAAGGUGAGAAUCCUGUCCUGCUGCAAAAGAGUUGUGUCCUAUUAGUGAUGCAAUGGAAGCUUGUUCUACGUUCAAUACAAAUCCUGGAAGUAAAUGGGUGGAUUCCAAAUUUCCCAAUUCGGACUAUAAAGAUAUUGAUUGUGUGGCCUUCAGGUGGAGACCAUCGGAGAUGCCUACAUGGUAGCCUCUGGAGUUCCAAACCGGAACGGUAGACGCCACGCAGCUGAGAUGUCCAACAUGUCCCUGGACAUCCUCCACUGUAUUGGAACCUUCAAGAUGAGGCACAUGCCUGACGUCAAGGUCAAGAUUCGUAUCGGCCUUCACUCUGGUGCGUGGCCCAUCUAAAAUUAUUUGUCAUUUUUUAAUCCUCUGUCUCAGCAUUCAUAAUGUAGACAUAUUGACUGGCCUUUUCUCUUGAAAGCCACAAUUCUUCAUUCGUUUUUCAGCCAAACGGUAGCCCCGCCACUUGGUUUGCUAUUAAGCUGUGGGAUAAUAUAAUAAUAAUAUAUGCCAUUUAGCAGAUGCUUUUAUCCAAAGCGACUUACACUCAUGCGUGCAUACACGGGGCUGGAGAAAUGUUACUGUCAAAUUCAUAGAUGGAGCUAUAGAUGCAAUGACUGGCAGUCCAUGAGAUCAACUGCUAUACAUUGCAGUUCAUGCAUAUGCAACAAAGUUAACAGAUGAAUAGUAAAAUUCAAUACUUAAGCAAACUACAUUUUUGAUAUAUUAUAUUUAAUGAAAUUUGAGAAUGAGUAUUGGAAUUCUCUAGAACAUGGCAUUAACAUCAGAGUAUUGGAGCAAAAGUGUAUUUUUACCUGAUCCCCGUCUGGAACAUAUUCCUGGAACAGUGAAAUGUCAUCCACUUAGCCCUGUCAUCCUAUUAGUCUCCACUGCCUAAUGCGUUCUUCUAGUUACUCUACCCUACCAAUUAAUAUGGAAGGUUUUGCAUGUUUCUAGUAACACAGAAGUGACUACUUUUAGGUAUGGUAAAGGACAGCUCAGAAAAAACAUAAUUGUAUUCUGUAUAAAUAUUCUGACAUCUCUGCUAAACAUUGAAAGGAUAUUCUGCAAUUAAACUGCAUUUGCCAUUUUUUCUCCAGAGACUUCUGUGAGACAUAUUGGAGGCUCUUUGAAUAAGUCAUGAAUCACAAGUCAUAAAUCCGAAAUUAUGCUACUUCUGAUCUUAUCAGCAUGUGUAUCAUCUACAUGUGUGUUUCUGUGUCCACCAGGCCCUGUGGUGGCAGGAGUGGUGGGUCUGACGAUGCCUCGGUACUGUCUGUUCGGAGACACUGUCAACACGGCUUCUCGAAUGGAGUCCACUGGGUUGCGUGAGUACCUCACACUCGUUGUUUGCCCAUCACGCUGUGUGAGGUCACUAUGGAUAGGGACAGGUGUAUUGCCAUUUGUGUGCAUGCAACAAGAGGCUAAGGAGGUUUACGAUGAGCAGUCCUGACUAAUCCUUUAAGACUAUCAGUAGAAUUAGUGGGCAAAUUUAGGGUUUAAUCAAAAUAUCCUCCAUUGCCUCAGAUACCCUUUCACCAAUUAUGCUGGUACAGCAAUUGUUAACUUCAUAAUGUGUUGAGAUUUGUAUGUGUUAUAAGUUAAUGUAACACUUAUAAAAACCAUUGGGUUGAUGAUACGAAUAGUUAAACAACCUCAUAAUCUUCUAAUCUUUCAAAACAAUAUAUGCUUAUUUAACUGCUGAUUCCUAGCAACACAUAGGGUAUUUAUAGUAGUGAGGGGCAACCAGUAUAGUCGCUAUAGUGAGUAUAUGUAGCUCAGUUGGUAGAGCAUGGCGCUUGCAACGCCAGGGUUGUGGGUUCGUUUCCCACGGGGGGCCAGUAUGAAAAUGUAUGCACUCACUAACUGUAAGUCGCUCUGGAUAAGAGCAUUUGCUAAAUGACUAAAAUGUAAAAAAAAAACUAAAAUAUAAUGUCUGUACUAGUCAGUGACAUAAGAGUACAGGAAAUCUCACAUCUACUCCCACCAUGUGGCCAUACAUAUGAAUUGCUGCACAAAAAACUGCUCUUGUGACUACUGUCUAUGGGCUCACACACAAUAAAUGAUAUUGUGUUGCUCUAUACUAAAUCAAUUUAUGAUCAACCAAUGAAUGAAAAUCUAAAUAUAUGUAGGAUAUGUGAGUACUGUAUGAUGUCACGAAUGUUGAUACUCUAUAGACAUUAAUAACUAAUGGUCAUUGUUUACAUUGAAUUAACUGUCAGAAUAUUUGAAGACUAAUGCUGCCUUUGUGGUUGCUGUUGUUGUUUGAUAUCCCAGCUUACAGAAUCCAUGUCAACCAAAGCACAGUCGAUAUCCUACAUGAACUGAAAAUGGGCUACAAAAUAGACACCAGGGGCAUGACAGAGCUGAAGGUAGACACACACACACACAGAGACAGACAGACAGACCCAAACAGUGAAUUCACUUAACUUACCACUCAAAUCUAUUUUUAUUUGUCACAUGCUUUGUAAACAACAGGUGUAGACUAUCAGUGAAAUGCGUACUUACAUUCUGUUAUUCCCUACUUCUCUUUCAGGGGAAGGGUGUUGAAAACACAUUCUGGUUGGUUGGAAGAGCUGGGUUCGACAAGGUUCUCCCCAGACCGCCUGAUCUUACUCCAGGGUAAGAUUUAACAAGCCUUCCUGCUCUAUUUAUAUUGUACUUUAUGUUUCUCUUAACUAUACUCUCAUUGACUCUCAGUCCUGCCGGGUGCUUGUCCCAAGCCCCUUGUCAGUAGUACUCAUGCAACCAGUUCGCAUUAAAGUUGAUUUUCAUCUAGGUCAUCGUGGAUAUAGAGGAUAAGAUGUCCGAAAAUAAUUUAGAAAAAUCUGAUAAUGUGUGAUAAUGUGUGGCUGGAACUAAAAGUUUUAUAAAUCAUAAUUUCUAUGUGCUGCUGACCUGACCCUUGUGUCGUGGUUCAGUUCACGUGCUCACCCAAAUGUAAAAUUCUUCAUCUACCACUUGUCUGUUUAACUCAAAUGUAAUUAAUCCUGACCUCCCACUGCACUACAGUGCAUUCGGAAAGUAUUCAGACCCCUUGACUUUUUCCACAUUUUGUUACGUUACAGCCUUAUUCUAAAACGGAUUAAAUAGUUUUUUCCCCUCAUCAAUCUACACACAUAAUGACAAAGCAAAAACAGUUUUUUUGAAUUUUUUGCAAAUGUAUUAAAAAUACAUAAAUAUUCAGACCCUUUACUCAGUACUUUGUUGAAGCACCUUUGGCAGCGAUUACAGCCUUGAGUCUUCUUGGUUUUGACACUACAAGCUUGGCACACCUGUAUUUGGGGAGUUUCUCCCAUUCUUCUCUGCAGAUCCUCUCAAGCUCUGUCAGGUUGGAUGUGGAGCGUUGCUGCUCAGCUAUUUUCAGGUCUCUCCAGAGAUGUUAGAUCGGAUUCAAGUCUGGGUUCUGGCUGGGCCACUCAAGGACAUUCAGAGACUUGUCCCGAAGCCACUCCUGCAUUGUCUUGGCUGUGUGCUUAGGGUUGUUGUCCUGUUGGAAGGUGAACCUUCACCCCAAUCUGAGGUCCUGAGCGCUCUGGAGCAGGUUUUCAUUAAGGAUCUCUCUGUACUUUGCUCUGUUCAUCUUUGCCUCGAUCCUGACUAAUCUCCCAGUCCCUGCCGCUGAAUAACAUCCCCACAGCAUGAUGCUUCCACCACUGUGCUUCACCGUAGGGAUGGUGCCAGGUUUCCUCCAGACGUGACGCUUGGCAUUCAGGCCAAAGAGUUCAAUCUUGGUUUCUUCAGACCAGAGAAUGUUGUUUCUCAUGGUUUGAGAGUCUUUAGGUGCCUUUUGGCAAACUCCAAGCGGGCUGUCAUGUGCCUUUUACUGAGGAGUGGCUUCCGUCUGGCCACUCUACCAUAAAGGCCUGAUUGGUGGAGUGCUGCAAAGAUGGUUGUCCUUCUGGAAGGUUCUCCCAUCUCCACAGAGGAACUCUAGAGCUCUGUCAGAGUGACCAUCGUGUUCUUGGUCACCUCCCUGACCAAGGCCCUUCUCCCCGAUUACUCAGUUUGGCCGGUUGGCCAGCUCUAGGAAGAGUCUUGGUGGUUCCAAUGCUGCAGAAAUGUUUUGGUACCCUUCCCCAGAUUUGUGCCUCUACACAAUCCUGUCUCGGAGCUCUACGGACAAUUCCUUCGACCUCAUGGCUUGGUUUUUGCUCUGACAUGCACUGUCAACUGUGGGACCUUAUAUAGACAGGUGUGUGCCUUUCCAAAUCAUGUCCAAUCAAUUUAAUUUACCACAGGUGGACUCCAAUCAAGUUGUAGAAACAUCUCAAGGAUGAUCAAUGAAAACAGGAUGCACCUGAUCUCAAUUUUGAGUCUCAUAGCAAAGGGUCUGAAUACUUAUGUAAAUGAGGUAUUUUUAUUUUAUUUUUUUAAUACAUUUGCUAAAAUUAAAAUUAAAACCUGUAUUCACUUUGUCAUUAUGGGGUAUUGUGUGUAGAUUGCUGAGGAUUAUUUAUUUUUAAAUCCAUGUUAGAAUAAGGCUGUAAUGUAACAAAAUGUGGAAAAAGUCAAGGGGUCUGAAUACUUUCAGAAGGCAUGUGUGAUGAACACUCUCCCUGGCAGGCAGCAAACAACGCUGUAAUGUUUUAACACAUUACCCUGGUGGUUGCCUCAUUUACCCCUGUCCACAUGAACAUUUUAUAUCUGUGUUAAGAGUUCAAACUCAGUUGUAAUGAACAUUCUGAGACACGGUUGUCAACAGCGGUUGUUGAAAACAGUUGUCAGUGUGGACAGGGCUUUUGUUGCUUCAUAUGCUGGGAUUGAUAUGUUUAAUGCCUAUUCCAAGAUAGUCUGAGUGCUCAGUGUGCACUGCCAAUCAAACAAGACACUAAACCUUCUGUCUUUGCCUUUCCUCAGGGCGAGCAACCAUGGCAUCAGUUUGGAAGAGAUUCCUCCAGAUAGAAAACAGAAAUUCCUUGACCGGCAGGCGAGGAAUAAGUAGCCUGUAAGGUAUGCCUGGUUUAACUAUCAUAUUAUAGAUUUACAAUUACUUUAUUUCCCCAAAUGAUUUGUAAUGUGAGUGAUGUCAAUUCAGGUACAUACAGUGGGGAGAACAAGUAUUUGAUACACUGCCGAUUUUGCAGGUUUUCCUACUUACAAAGCAUGUAGAGGUAUGUCAUUUUUAUCAUAGGUACACUUCAACUGUGAGAGACGGAAUCUACAAAAAUCCAGAAAAUCACAUUGUAUGAUUUUUAAGUAAUUAAUUUGCAUUUUAUUGCAUGACAUAAGUAUUUGACCAUCAGAAAAGCAGAACUUAAUAUUUGGUACAGAAACCUUUGUUUGCAAUUACAGAGAUCAUAUGUAGGUCUUGACCAGGUUUGCACACACUGCAGCAGGGAUUUUGGCCCACUCCUCCAUACAGACCUUCUCCAGAUCCUUCAGGUUUCGGGGCUGUCGCUGGGCAAUACGGACUUUCAGCUCCCUCCAAAGAUUUUCUAUUGGGUUCAGGUCUGGAGACUGGCUAGGCCACUCCAGGACCUUGAGAUGCUUCUUACGGAGCCACUCCUUAGUUGCCCUGGCUGUGUGUUUUCGGGUCGUUGUCAUGCUGGAAGACCCAGCCACGACCCAUCUUCAAUGCUCUUAUUGAGGGAAGGAGGUUGUUGGCCAAGAUCUCGUGAUACAUGGCCCCAUCCAUCCUCCCCUCAAUACGGUGCAGUCGUCCUGUCCCCUUUGCAGAAAAGCAUCCCCAAAGAAUGAUGUUUCCACCUCCAUGCUUCACGGUUGGGAUGGUGUUCUUGGGGUUGUACUCAUCCUUCUUCUUCCUCCAAACACAGCGAGUGGAGUUUAGACCAAAAAGCUCUAUUUUUGUCUCAUCAGACCACAUGACCUUCUCCCAUUCCUCCUCUGGAUCAUCCAGAUGGUCAUUGGCAAACUUCAGACGGGCCUGGACAUGCGCUGGCUUGAGCAUGGGGACCUUGGGUGCGCUGCAGGAUUUUAAUCCAUGACGGCGUAGUGUGUUACUAAUGGUUUUCUUUGAGACUGUGGUCCCAGCUCUCUUCAGGUCAUUGACCAGGUCCUGCCGUGUAGUUCUGGGCUGAUCCCUCACCUUCCUCAUGAUCAUUGAUGCCCCACGAGGUGAGAUCUUGCAUGGAGCCCCAGACCGUGGGUGAUUGACCGUCAUCUUGAACUUCUUCCAUUUUCUAAUAAUUGUUUCAACAGUUGUUGCCUUCUCACCAAGCUGCUUGCCUAUUGUCCUGUAGCCCAUCCCAGCCUUGUGCAGGUCUACAAUUUUAUCCCUGAUGUCCUUACACAGCUCUCUGGUCUUGGCCAUUGUGGAGAGGUUGGAGUCUGUUUGAUUGAGUGUGUGGACAGGUGUCUUUUAUACAGGUAACGAGUUCAAACAGGUGCAGUUAAUACAGGUAAUGAGUGGAGAACAGGAGGGCUUCUUAAAGAAAAACUAACAGGUCUGUGAGAGCCGGAAUUCUUACUGGUUGGUAGGUGAUCAAAUACUUAUGUCAUGCAAUAAAAUGCAAAUUAAUUACUUAAAAAUCAUACCAUGUGAUUUUCUGGAUUUUUGUUUAUGAUUCCGUCUCUCACAGUUGAGGUGUACCUAUGACAAAAAUUACAGACCUCUACAUGCUUUGUAAGUAGGAAAACCUGAAAAAUCGGCAGUGUAUCAAAUACUUGUUCUCCCCACUGUAUGUACGCUAUCCCUGAUGCAGUGAAAAUAAUUUAAAAAAUUGAAUAAUGACGUAAGCUUUAUGCAACAUCUUUUUGAGUGCGAACCCAUUACACCUUUUCGUUUGUCUCAAUUCAGGUACAUACCAAUGAAUUGUGCUGCAUUUAUGAUAUCCCUUUAAGUGAUAAUAUAUCCUUUUUUUUCACAGAUUGUGUUGCCCAGUCCUCCACCUACCUGUUGGAGUGAAAGACCAGAUAGGUGAAUUGACCAGGUUGGUUGAGAGGAGAGGAUGGGUUAGGGGUGUGUCUGACAGACAGUCUGUCGCAUCACCCCAUGUGUCCUGUCGAGUGCUGAUCCACAUUGCACAAAUAAGCCAAAGUCGGAGAGACACUGUCUGUCUUUAACACAUUACAUUUGUUGCACAGAGCAAUUAGUUAAAAUAAGAGUAUAUUAAAAAUAGAGCAAAUGUGGGAAAUAGGAGGGAUAAAUAAAGGUGUAUUACAAUCAUGUACAAAAUACCAAAUAUAUUGAUUUAGGAGUCACUGUAGAAUGAAAACAUCACAGCACAAACAUGGGAAGAGAUUGGCUCUUUGCUUGAAAUAAACUAUAAAUGACCAUGAUAUUGUGUGUAAUAUACUGUAUGUAUCUCUACUGUCUCUUUUGCUUUGUAGAAAUAUUGGACAGAGUAUGAAAAUGUAUUCAUACUCAACUAUAUGACAAGGGUAUAUUAAAAUGUAGCACGUACUGUAGUGUAUCUCACCUGCUCUAUUUAAAUUUGGUACUGUAAUCUCUCUCAAUGAUACAUUCAUCUUAGAAGUAAUCUAUUUCCUUAAAGGUAUAAGGUAGGCUGUUGAAGAAUCUGGUCCAAGGCAUUCUGUUUUUGUUUUUUUU